AUGGGGAUGUUGAGAAAAUGUAUCGACAAAUAAUCGUACAUGAUGAUGAUCAAGAUUUUCAGCGAAUUAUUUUCCGAAAAUCUCCCAAUAGUCCACUACGCGACUUUAAAUUAAAAACAGUUACCUUUGGCGUAAACUGUGCCCCAUACCUCGCCAUUCGUACACUCCACGAGCUGGCAGAAGACACAAAGUCAGAAUUUCCUCUGGCAACACAAGUGUUGAAAACACAAACGUAUGUAGACGACAUUCUGUCCGGAAGCCACAAUCUUCCACAGGCAUACGAGUCACUAGCACAAGUGACACAAGCGCUCAAUACAGCAGGGUUUCCGUUGAAAAAGAUAACGGCGAACCACCCUAAUAUUUUAAAAGACAUACCCAAAGAAAAUCUUUUAGACACUAAUUUCCUUAAAUUCGAAAAGGAAAGCACAACAAAAACUUUGGGGAUACAAUGGAAUGCGAUAUCUGACCAGUUUUCAUACACUAAUGAGUCAAUAUCCGCACUAUCAGCUAUAACAAAAAGGCAAAUUUUAUCCUCGGUGGCAAAACUUUUUGACCCCGCAGGAUGGCUUUCGCCAAUUAUGAUACAAGCAAAAAUUCUAAUACAAGAAUUGUGGCUAGACGGAACUGACUGGGAUGAACAAGUGAAACCACUUCGUUUAGAAAAGUGGUCCCAGUUCGCGUGUCAUCUGAAAGAUAUCUCACAGAUACAAAUCCCACGAUGGAUAAAUUAUGCCCCAGAGCACAAAGUCGAACUACAUGGCUUCUGUGAUGCCUCUGAAAAGGCAUAUUGUGCCACCAUCUAUGUGCGCACACAAUCUGACACAGCGACCACCAGUCACCUACUGGUAGCCAAAGCAAAGGUGGCUCCGCUAAAAACAAUAAGUCUGCCACGACUGGAACUAUGUGGUGCGCUACUACUCGCCAAACUAGUAUCCAUGGUGCAAACGCAUCUAAAUAUGACCAAAUAUAAAUUGUAUCUCUGGUCUGAUUCCGAAAUUGUAUUAGCCUGGUUAGAAAAACCUCCACAUGCAUGGAAGACGUAUAUUUCCAAUCGAACGUCUCAAAUCCUUGACCUAGUGGGAUCAGCCACUUGGCGACACGUGGCCAGUGCUGACAAUCCUGCUGACCUAGGUACGAGGGGGUGCAAGCCUCUGCACCUUGCAACCACCUCUCUUUGGUGGAAUGGCCCUAGAUGGUUAAUAGAAUCCCCCGAUUCUUGGCCACGAUCGCCCAUACGCAAUAUAAUUGCCCCCGAAAGUCGAAAAAUCGACUCUUUCCACACGAUAUCGGAUGACACUGACAUCCUUGAGCGAUUUUCAUCAUACCCUCGAGCCCUGAGGGUAAUCGCUUACAUGCUCAACUUCAUAGAGCGUCUCAAACUUAGAAUUAAGGGAAUACGCACAGUAUAUCCCCAAGGCGAUACAUUGACGCACCUAGACCUAGAAAAGGCAAAGGUCGCUCUUAUCACGUAUACUCAGUCGCGCCACUUCAGCUGCGAGAUGUCACUACUAAGAGAAUCGAAGCCGAUUGACAAAAAGAGCUCACUCUUAGUACUAAAUCCAUUUCUGGAUACGAAAGGUCUGCUUCGUGCUAAUGGUCGGCUUGCUAACUCAAGCCUGACAUAUAACGAACGCCAUCCUCUAAUAAUACCAGAAAAGUCUCGACUUGCAACAUUGCUACUCAAGUAUAUACAUAUACUAAUGUUGCACGCGGAACAUCGCCUAAUGCAAUAUAUAAUCCGCCAAGAGUUUUAUAUUCCCCGACUUAAGCCUCAAAUAAAAAAGUGCAUUUUCAUGUGCAAGAUCUGCACUAUGCAUAAACAGAAGAUGAGGACGCAGAUUAUGGCAGCACUUCCACCGGAACGCUGCAACUUCGCUCUGCCUUUCACUAUCACAGGUGUUGAUUUUGCUGGGCCUUUUCAGAUAAAGGCAUCCAUGCUAAGGUCUCCUACCCUAAUGAAAGGCUACGUGGCUGUCUUUGUCUGUUUCACGACAAAAGCAGUGCACCUCGAGCUAUGUACUAAUCUGACAAAAGAGGCUUUUCUCGCGGCAUUUGCUCGCUUUGUCGGACGUCGCGGUUUUCCGUCCAAACUUAUGAGCGACAAUGGAAAAACCUUUAUCGGAGCUCAAAGAGCCACAGAAAAACAGUUUGUGGACUUUAUUAAACAAGUCUCCCCUGAGAUUGUACAAAAGUACGAGUUCAAGAUGGACGUGGACAUGCCUACAAUUCCAACUCCAACUGUUCGGUCGGCCAGCAACGGGGCACGUAUUGGGCCUACUCCUCCGCCCCGCUCAACCAAUGCUGCGGUAUCGACUGCCGCUUCUGGUAGUGGCUCACGAGCAGCCCCAUCAACGCCAUCCGCUCAAGUCGAGCCGCGUCGCAUACGAUGCCCGCUAUGUCGCCGGAAACAUCGCCUACCACACUGUGGGCUCUUUAAGGAGUUGACACCAACCCAACGACAGCGUGUGGCCCAGGCACAUGAGCACUGCCUCAACUGCCUGUCGCACACGCAUGGGACGCAGGAGUGUGGCUCAGCCGAUUUAUGCCACACGUGUGGCAGACCGCAUCACACGCUGCUGCACAGGACCCCACGACGCGAUGUAGGUCGGCCAGCUGCCCCAAGCACGGGUAGAUCCACGCAAGGAAACCGGACGGUGCGACGCCGAACUACUGCAGCCCGGCCUGCGCCCCAUCAACGGCGUUCGCACCACGUUGCACCAACCAGACGUCGUCCCAAAGCGUCACAGCAUCGCCCCGCUACUGGACUCAGUAACGUAGUGGCCACACUCCAGCAACUGCAAAGAUUGCUAGGCUAA